CUCUCUCUCUACCCUCUGAUCAUCCCAUCAAAGGAGUACUCUAUUGCUACACACCCAGACACAUAUAUAACAAGUAACACUAAAACCAUGUCGUUCGCCCGCGCCAUCACCCACAACUCGGUCAGCCGUCUCUCUACCACUGCCGCCAGAAACGUCGUCAGCCGAGCCGCAGUCAUGUCUUUCCGAGGUCAACACACCUUGCCAGAGUUGCCUUAUGCUUAUGAUGCCCUCGAACCUCAUAUCAUCAAAGAUAUCAUGGAGCUGCACCACAAGAAACACCACCAAACCUACAUAACCAACCUCAACGCCGUCGAAUCCACGCUCUCUACCCUGCAAGCCCAACCUCAAACCCCCUCGACUGUUAAAGAGAUCAUCUCCCUUCAACCCGCUGUCAAGUUCAACGGGGGCGGUCAUAUCAACCAUUCCCUCUUUUGGAAGAACCUUACCCCUGCCGGCAGUGAGCAGGCGAAGGUGGUCAAGGGAGGAGAGUUUGAGAGGCUCGUAGAGAGGGAUUUCGGAGGGGUGGAGGGGUUGAAGAAGGAGGUCAAUGCGAAGACGGCGGCGAUUCAGGGGAGCGGGUGGGGUUGGGUGGCCUACAACAAGUCCAACGGCAAGCUCGAGGUCGUCACCACCAAGGAUCAGGAUCCGGUCUUGGCCCCUCACGUGCCCAUCAUCGGGAUCGAUAUUUGGGAGCAUGCGUUCUACUUGCAGUACAAGAACGUCAAGCCCGAUUACUUGAACGCGAUUUGGAACGUCAUCAACUUCAAGGAAGCCGAGGAACGUGUCAAGGCUGCCAUCUAGGUCACUCCAUCGUACCCGAGAGCGCCAAGCUACAGGCGAGUAAAUCGGGGAUCAUGGAAAGUCACCGGGAGAGAAAAGGAAGUGUGUCGACACGCCCCAAAACCGGGAUUAGCAAGUGAAGUGAAAUUGAAACAUGAAAUCGAAUGACAGGAGAGUUUUUCCGGACCAAAGGGCCCGUUUGGUCGGAGCGCGGGGCGAAGUGGUUUUGGUCUUCUGUUUCGGGUCGUGAUCGUAACGCGGUGGUGAUCUAGGUGAUCGAAAAUCGCUGCGGUGCUGUUCAGGGUUCCAGGCCCGGUCCCUCGAGCUUGGCAGCUGACAUGGGGGGUCAUGGCGGAGACUCGAGGUCGACUUGUUUUCUUCUUCGUUUUCGCCGACUCGUUCGAUAAAAAAAAAACAAGCCUCGCCCCGCGACCUGA